AUGAAUGGGAACCGAAAUUUUAUUUGUUGCCCGGUGUGUACUUUGUAUUUGCGUGAAGGCAUAUCAUUAAAAAGUCAUCUCAACACACAUCCAAAAGAUCAAGUAAUAGAAGCUUUAAUUAGAUGUUCUUUUAUAACUUCUGCACCAGCUAAGCAACAGGAAAACACUGAUUAUGAGCUGCAGCAUGUAAUUGUCCGUUCAGAUGGUGAUGUCUCAGGUGUUGAAAGUACUCCACCAGUCCCGUACAAUCCUGCUGGUGGCAGUCAUUUUACUGCAUCAAUAACAUAUCAACAUUUUCUAAGCAGUAACACUCCACCUCCUCCAAAUCUCCCUCCACAGUAUGUAUCUGUGCCUACUGUUCUUGCUUCGCCUGUUGAAGAUGGCAACAAUGAUACAAGUCAGGCUGCUGUUAUGCCAUUCAUAUAUAAUCCUUACGUAGUUCCACAACAUCAGCAACAGUUUGAAGUGCUAAAUCCUAUUGCUCAACUUCCUCCAGAGCAGCCUCAUAUGCGCCAAGUUACUGAGAGUAAUCAAAGUGCUUACUCAGAACAGUCACCUAUUGGAGCAUUAAAUUCAUUACUGAAUCGCUGUACCCAGCAUUCUCCAAAUGUUCAAACUGACCAGGCUACACAGACAAAUAAAGACAGCCUUGUGUCUCAGCCUUCAUCCCCAAAUGAGAAAUCAUCUCAGACAGAAUUGUCUGAUAAUGAAACAAAGAAAGAAGUUACAAAUGAUACAAUUUCUGAUCUGCAGCAAACAAAUUGCAAUUCUGAAAAUGAAACGCAGAAUUCUCCAAAAUCAGGUACAGUUGAUACAAGUGCUGAGCAUACCUCAGCAGAUUGUUCUCCUGUGCACCAGAUUCUUGGUAGUGAAGAUGAUUGUUUAAUAGUUACUGAAACACACCGGACAAUUAAGUCUGCCAGAUUACUACAUAGCAGUGACGUUGUAGAUAAUAGUGAGAAACAAACACUGGAAUAUGUAACAAGCAAUGAGCCAGUCCUGACAUUUGAUGAUCAUUUUAAAGCUUCUUUCCCAGAAACUGAAAAGAGACAAGUAAAAGAAAGUGAUGAUAAUGUUCAGGAAUGUUCUCAUGAUACGGGAAGUACAGCAUUUCUAACAGAAAACAAUUUAACUCGCACAUCAGACAGUUAUUCAGAUAACUGUGAAAUUAACACUAUUAAUGGCAAAAGCAGUUCUAUGGAAGUUUACAGAAGUACAGCAAAAGCAAAUAUUAAUUUGUCAGAAAACAUUGCUGACAACUCAGAAAUUACACUUAAGUCUAAUAUAAGUCUUUCAUCAAAAGAUUGCUCAGAAACUACGCCUCGUAAAAUCCAGCAAAAUGACUCAGAAUUCACCUAUGCUAAUGUGUGUCCUGUAAGUUUAACUGAUACAGAGCCAGAUAAUGAGACAAUGAAGCAAAGCUUUCAGGACAAAAGUACUAGUAUGGAUAUUGAGUGUCCUGAGACUUCUGAAGCAGUGGAUCCCUUAGAGUUGGAUAAUGUCUCUAUACAAGAAGAUACCACCAUUGAUGUAAUUGAACCACAAGUUUUCUUUCAUAGCCAAGACAUACCAGAUGCUGGUGUCAUUAAGGAGAUUACGGUUGAAACAUCGCAUAAAGAACUGAAACAAGAUGAUUCAUCUGCUCAGACUGUUGACUUGAACAUACAAGCUGAUGAAUUAAUGCCACCAAGAGGAGAGCUUUCUGAACAGGAAAGCCUGGGGGGAAAUGACAGCUCAAUGUGGACUCAGAGCUACAACGAUGGAGAUGUCUCGACUUCGUAUGAUCUGCUAGCAAGAGAGAGCUGGGGCGCAUCAGAUGGAUCAGAUACAGAAACAAGUAGACCACUAAAUGACCUACCGGUUGCCAAAAGUAGUGUAAGAGAAAGUGUUUCUAAGAAGGGUAAAAUGAAGAAAGUGUACAAGUGUCUUUCUUGCACUGAAAUAUUCAACUGUCCUAAGGAGAGGAGAGUUCAUCGUAGGAGGUUCCACACGGAUGCAACAGAAGUACGUAAGGAUAAACAAUUUGGUGACGUGUACAGUGCUCCUACUGUGAAGGAAGAACUUGUAGAAACUGUGAAAGUAGAAAAUAAAAAUGUAGACCUAUGCGUUCCUUCCGCUGAGAGCUUGUCUGCUGCAAGGACGCCUGACAGUAAUGGUCCAAGUAGUUCAUCAGCGGUGAAGAUUAAGACUGAGAAAACUGAUACUCCUGUAUUGGAUGUGGACCCUGAUCAGAAAAAAAUAAAAACAAGUGAUAGUUUAGUCGCCAAACUCAAACCAGAGCCUGCAGUAGGUGAGACGCAGACAGGAAAUGGUCCGGAAGACACAGUUAAACAAGAAUUUAAAUGCAUUUCAGUGAACUGUGCUUUGGUUUUUACAUCACAAGAUGAUUUGAAAGAACAUGUGCACACAGCACACAAACUCAGAAAGAAACGGGGUUGUCAUAUCUGUCCAACUUGUCAGGAAGCUUUCAGCACCGACGUUUUGUACCGUGCACAUUUAAAAAUACAUCCUCUGGAGUGCAAAUAUUGUGGAAAGUUCUUUACGAGACAUCAGAACCUUAACCUCCAUACAAACAGGCAUCUAGGAAUCAAACCAUUUAAGUGCGGUGUUUGUGACAAAUCAUUUAUAACCAAACAAAAACUGACUGAACAUACUAAUGUUCACACUGGAGAAGCUCCUAUUAGAUGCGAUUUGUGUUGUGAGACGUUUCGCCGGUACAGCAAUCUCAUACAACAUAAAAACAGACAUCAUCUGAAUUUGAAGAAAAAAGUUAAAGAUUUUAUUUGCCAGUGUGGUGAAGUAUUCCAUACAAAAAAGAAAUUGGAAUGGCACAAAGAGACACAUGAUGCAAAACCAAAAUCCUGUGGAUUCUGCAGUGUGAGGUUUGUACAUGCAGUCAGUCUAACAAGACACAUACGCAAAGCUCAUGAUAGUCGUUAUGUACCUCAGAAGGAACGUGAAGGAGAAAAUGUUGAGUGCCCUGUCUGUUCUGCUGUCUGUCUUAAAAAUUCACUUUCGGCUCAUAUGCGUUUACAUUCUGGAGAGCGACCACACCAGUGUCCCCUUUGUUCAAAGAGUUUCACCACAAAAUGGAAUUUGCGGCUUCAUCGCUGGACCCAUACAGCACGUUCUGCGAAGCCAUAUAAAUGUGAAAUCUGUAGAGCAGCAUUUCACAGGGAAUCGUGCUAUUCAGCUCAUGUACGAUCUCAUCGUGGUACAAGGCCAUAUACUUGCAAUUACUGUGGCCGUUGCUUUGUGUAUAAAUACAAUUGUGUACGCCAUGUACGUGAACAUGAAUUAGGAAAAAAUUAUGUGUGUGGUGUGUGUGGAAAACUAUUUCAUAGAGGCUAUUACCUGAAGGAACAUAUGACUGUGCACACAGGUAUACGGCCCUACACAUGCCACAUUUGUGGCAAAGCAUCUCCAACUAAAUCUAAUCACAAUAAGCAUCUGAAAAUUCAUCAUGCACGAGAACCUGUAAAUACUGAGGGUUGAAGUAUAAAGUGUUUAAUGUUACUUCUUAAGUAGUGUUUACUGACGUCAUUAGCAUGUUUUGUACAUCCUUCAAAAUAUGCAAAAUUUCCAGGAAGUAAUGCAACACAGUUUUUCUCCCUUUAGCCCACAACAAUCCUGAAAAGUGAUAAGUUAUUUACAAUGGGAAGCUUUCAUCAGUGACCUGAAGAUUUUGCCCCAGGUUCACUGCCAGAAUAGUUUUGUAUUACGAAGUCUGAAAGUAGUAUCCAUCACAAACAGCACAGCAGCUGUAUAGUUGUACCACAACUGUAACAACAGGCAUUUUACAUCAAUAUAGUCACUUCUUAUGAAAUCUGAAAAAUCACAAAUGAUAUUACGAAUAACUUAAAUUUCAGUAAAAUGUAACACAAAUGUUGUGUUACUGUGACAAAACAUGUAUCUCACAGGUGUGAAAUUCAAGAAACUCUGUAGCUCUCAGUGGGCUGAAAAUUUUGCCAAAGACUACAUAAUUUUUAAUUGUGUUUUAGGUAUUUGCCAAUGAAAAAGUUGCAUUACUUUUUGGGUCAACCUUGUGUACAUACCUAUAUAUUUUUCCAUGUCUCACAUGUAUUACGUGAUGAACAGACCAUGAAAUACUUUUUGCAGUGCACUUCUGAGUUUCUGUUCAGAUAUAGGGACAACAAAAAUCCAACUAGGUGGCUAGAAUGGAUGUUACUGUUCAGAUUAUUAAAUUCCCUGCUGUUGCAUAUGUACUUGGCUUGGGUACUCCCAACCUCUCCAACAUAGGAUGAUUUUGUGUCUGGCGGCAGGUCACAAAAUAAGAAUUCAUUUGAAAGCAUUGCCAUUAAUGAAAUAUCUGAAUUUUUAAACUCGUAAAUAUACUUUUUAAAACAACUGGCGUCUUCACAAAUUUUGCACAGAUUUUGUUGUUUAACUAGACUUUCUUAAACUAGAUCAUUUUAGAAUCACCUGAAUUGAUAGAAAACUGUUGUGAAGCUGGGAAUAUUUGAUAUUUACUUUCCAAAAUUUUGCAACUUUAUUUUAUGAAGAAAACAAUAUAGGAACAAAUUAUUUUCAUUUUAAGCCAAUAUUUGAGUAGUGUUGUGCAUACAUGUACUGUGGUUGUUCUCACUGUGUGACUGUUAGGUAUUAUUUUUCUGAUAUGCUAGAUAAAAACACGACUCCAAAUAUAUGUAUUUGAUUGUUGGUUUUAAUCUCAAACUUUUAUAUGCUUUAUUCACAAAACCUGACUGGCUUUAUGCAUCACCUUUAGGAAAUUACCAGUCAGCAUAUACUUCCGAAAUUAUCUGGGUUGUUAAAGUCUUCCUUCACGCUCAAAAUCUCCCUAAAGUUCUUAAGCUAUUUUGGUGAUCACAAGAAAUACAUGAACCAACAGUGUAAGUUAAUCAUCACCUGCACAUUGCUCUUUUGAGUUUCAAAACCUUGAAAUCUGGCUUUCAAUUCAGUGUACAGUUAAUGUUGACAAACAAUAUGACAAGUUUAUGGGCUCCAUAUCAUGUUAACGCAAGUGGUAUUGCAGUGUGGUGGAUAACAGUACUCCCCCUUAAGAACCACAUUUCACAGUAUCUUCUUUUUUCCAUGGUGUUUUGGCAAUAGAACUAUCCAAAUUUGCUUUAUAUAUGAGUCCAAAGAUUGUCUGUCAGCCACCAUGUAUACUUACCAAACCUUCAUUACAGGUCUAUUUUCAUUUCAAAAGCAUAAUAUUACCAGCUGAUCUUUUUAGAUUUAACUUUUGUAUGUAACCAUGAGAAGGAACAUUUGUAAUAAAGCCAAAGUCCAUCAUUCACAAUAUAUAAUUUAACACAAGUACUGUAUUAUCUUUUGUUUUUAUUUUGGAUAAAACUUUUCAGUUCAGGAGUACACAGGAACACUUUAUAGUGGGUGAGCCAUUCACAUAAUCAACAAUACAAAUGAUGUAACAAUGCCAUGAUCUGAUUGCUACUCAGUUUACAAGAAAUAAAAAUAAAAAAGAAUGAUUUAUUGAUUAAAAAUUCAAGUCUGAGUGGCACACUUCAUUACAAAUUUUUGAUUCCUAGAGAUAUGAAGUAGUGCCUUUUGUGCUGAAUUGUACUGUAAUGUUUGAAGAAGCUGCCGCUGGUUUUUGUCUAAAAAGUGUCAGAAAAAAAUAUGUCCUUAAUUCUCAUUUAUAUUUCUAUUGUUUUGAGGUUUCAUUGCUCAGCUAGUACUUCUAGAAAUCAUUUUUAAUGUUCUAUGAUCCACCUGUACGUGUCCAUCUGAAUGUGUAUAGAACACAGUUUUCUUCCAAAACUUGUAACAUCAAUAAUUGGUUGGUUCUUGGUGAGAUGGUAAGGUCCAUUCUUUCUAUGGGGUCUUCAUAGUUGAGGUGGUUUCAGAAAUAUUCUGUCAACAUUUCUUUCUACAUAAUUUGUUUUUUACACUUUUCGUGUCAAAACCACCAAUACUAACGUUACUUUCAAUUCAGUUGUUGUAUUCAAAACUUUCCAUACUCUUCUAAUAGUUUCAUUGUCUUAAAAAGCAAAGACUAAACACAAGAUCAGUUUUAUGUAUAAUUCACUCAUGUCAUCAAAAGAUGACAUUAGAUUUUAGAAAAUUUUCUUCUUCUUAGCAUUUCUAAUCUCUUGGAGGCACAUGUAAGCUUGAUAACUUGUAGCGAGCUGUGUGUCUAAAUGCAUCAAAAACUUUGACAGAAACAGAAGAUAAUCAAUUUGACCCGUCAGUUUGAAAUUUUUGUGCUUCCUGUCCUACCGAAGGAAGUCAGAGACUGCAGCAGGAACGGCAAGAAACCUCCACCUCUAGAAAAUCUGCUCUGGGACCAGCUGUAAUGUUGAACAAAGAUACAUUAGUUAUUUUCCAUUAGAAUGAGUAGAUUUUUAAAAGUCCUAUUGACAGUCGUACAAACUUUACUGCAAUCUGUUUUUUCUUGUGUAGCAUGCCCUCACAUAUACCUGUCCUCAAUCUGUUGAUUAAUAAUAAUAAUAAUAAUAAUAAUAAUAAUAAUAAUAACAGUAAGCUUGAGAAAUUUUGAAAAAGCAAAGAUAGCAGUCUAGGUUAUAUGAAUAACAUCAUAAUAUCCAGAAGGAUCAAACACUCAGACAUUACCUGAUGUUAGUACUGCAGGUGUUUUGGCCGAGAUUCAGUCAUGUUCUCCUUAUUUGUUAAUGUAAUGAUUUAAAAAAGCUUGUAUGAAAAUAAUAGUUCUAUGCUUAAAAUUAUCCUUAUACAGAAAAAAGGUCUUAAUGAAAUUAGUCACUUGUCAUUAAAGACCAAAAGAAAAUGUUUUUACAUUACUGAAGCAUUCUAGUGACCUUUUCAAAUUAUAAAAUGAUCUUAAAACUCAGUAAAGAUGUUAUCAGUCUGAAGACUAGUUUGAACACCACAUUGUUUACUUGGCAUGGUCCUGUGACCUUUGAAUUGACUUAUUCAGUUAUACUUUUGCAUGAAAUCUGGAUUACACUGCAUUUCAGCAUUUUUCACAUAAACAGACUUUGACAGAGAUGAAAGAAGCAAUAGGUGACAGAAAAAGUCUGGGAAUGGUGAGGGAUUAAAACCCAGACUGUUCGAUUUGUAGUCAGAAACUUGAUUGCCCAAUGAUGUUAAGUAAUUAAUACAACACAUGUAUUUAUUUCUGUUCAUUAUUAUAAAUGUCAAAUUCCAGGCUUCUUGUGUUUUUCUGUAAUUUUACUCAUUAAAUACAAAAGUAUAUUAAAAAAAUAAAUUAAAAUCAUUUUUCACUUAUGGGAUUCAAUUCCUGGAUAUAUUUUCAUACUGAUACUAUAUCUGUCAACAAUGUGGGAUUUAAAUUAGAGAUGCAGCUUCAGUAGUUUCCCACUUAGUUUCUAAUUAUAGAUAUUUAUUAUAGCUACCACCAGAUACAAAAUUAUUGAAUACAAAUUAAUUGAUGAUAAUCAUUGAAACAGGUGAUUAAAAUAAAAUCAUUAUGUUUUGACAUUGAAGCUCCAAUUUAGGGUUUCCUGGGCCAAGCGAUUUUCUUGAUUUUCUACAGUGUGUGUCUGUGUAACAAGCUGUAAGUAAACUUCCUACGAAUUAUCAUUUCAUGGUCUGUGGAUCACACUCUUCUUUGUCAUUAUUCGUAACUCUUAUACUGGAAAUGUUUUGUGUGUGUGUGUGUGUGUGUGUGUGUGUGUGUGUGUGUGUGUGUGUGUUCCUGCGCUCUGACUAUUGAUGUUACUGUGUGUGUUCUGUUGUGGGCUAAUUAGCUGGAAUGGCCCAUGUGUGUCAAGUAAAGAUUUUUUUGAUAAAUGUUUUCCUUGUAUUUGUCAUUUUGAGUAUGAACUUAAAUAAUAAUCUGUGAUUUUCUGAUGUACAUGUGGUGUAUAUAAUACUCAUUCACAAAUUAUGUUAUUAAUUUAAUAUUUGAGACAAGUUAAAAUUGUCCUGAACUGUGGCAUGAAUUUGGAUCCCUCCCUUUGAUGUUACCAACUCAUCUGUCCAUGCACACCUCUCAAUGGGAUGAAAGUCCGAAUUGACAACUUGUUUCCCCUCCAUAAUUUCUAGAUAUCACACUGCCUACAAAAGGCAUGAACUGGGUUCCAAAGCUUGCUGUGGCACACACCCUUUUAACUUGUCACAAAUUUUCAGUACAUUGUAAACUCAACUAAAAUGUAGAAAAAUGUCAACUCUGUUAUUAAUUGUUCCUCCCAUUAGUAGCUCUGAUGUUUACAUGGACUGUUUCAAGACAAGGACUUAAAAUAUGACCAUUAAUGCUUAAUGAAAACUGUUAUUUCCAUCAAAGUAAUUUCUAAACUGAAUGAUGUAAAAUUUGUCCAAAAGAGCAAUUUUAUA